AUGCUUUACUUUGCGGGGCUCAGAGGAAGGACGGCCACGCCUUCUCCGCCUCGUUACGUCACUCCUGUAGUGCGCCGCGCGUGUCCGCUUACCUCGCUGUGGAGUCUGCGUUUCGCGGUUCGCUCCUCUGCCCAGCUCAGUCACUACCGGAGGGGGUCGGGCGGCCCGGCUCCCCUGCCCGGAGACCCCCGUGCUCACCGCGGGCCCAACCUCGGGCGGACGCACGGCUGUUUGGGCGUCCUCAGAGCUCCGCGCAGGAGUCACUUCGUCAUGAGGAAUCUAAAGUUGCUUCGGACCCUGGAGUUCAGGGACAUUCAGGCUCCCGGGAAACCUCAGUGCUUCUCUCUCCGAGGUGAACAGGGGACAGUGCUCAUUGGCUCGGAACAUGGACUGGUAGAGGUAGACGCUGUCACGAGAGAGGUGAAAAAUGAAAUUCCUUUGGUGGCCGAAGGCUUCCUCCCAGAGGAUGGAAGUGGCUGCAUCGUUGGUAUCCAGGACUUGCUGGAUCAUGAGUCUGUGUGUGUGGCCACAGCCUCUGGAGAUGUCAUACUUUGCAACCUCAGCACACAUCAGCUGGAAUGUGUUGGGAGUGUUGCCAGUGGCAUCUCUGUCAUGAGUUGGAGUCCUGACCAAGAGCUGGUGCUUCUUGCCACAGGUCAACAGACCCUAAUUAUGAUGACAAAAGACUUUGAACCAAUUAUGGAACAGCAAAUCCACCAGGAUGAUUUUGGUGAAAGCAAGUUCAUCACUGUUGGCUGGGGCAGGAAAGAGACCCAGUUCCAUGGAUCAGAAGGCAGGCAAGCAGCGUUUCAGGUGCAUAUGCACGAGUCUGCUUUGCCCUGGGAUGACCAUAGACCUCAAAUCACGUGGCGUGGUGAUGGACAGUUUUUUGCUGUGAGUGUUGUUUGCCCAGAGACAGGGGCUCGGAAGGUCAGAGUGUGGAGCCGGGAAUUUGCUUUACAGUCAACCAGUGAGCCUGUGGCAGGACUGGGACCUGCUCUGGCUUGGAAGCCCUCAGGAAGUUUGAUUGCAUCUACACAAGAUAAACCUAAUCAGCAGGAUGUUGUGUUUUUUGAGAAAAAUGGACUUCUCCAUGGACAUUUUACACUUCCUUUCCUCAAAGACGAAGUUAAGGUUAAUGACCUUCUCUGGAAUGCGGAUUCUGCUGUGCUCGCAGUUUGGCUGGAGGACCUUCAGACGGAAGAAAAGUCCACUCUGAAAUCCUAUGUUCAGCUCUGGACUGUUGGAAACUAUCACUGGUAUCUCAAGCAAAGUCUGCCCUUCAGCUCCUGCGGGAAGAGCAAGAUUGUGUCUCUGAUGUGGGACCCGGUGGCCCCGUACCGGCUGCAUGUUCUCUGUCAAGGCUGGCAUUACCUCUGCUAUGACUGGCACUGGACGACUGACCGGAGUUCAGGAGAUAAUCUGAGCGACAUGGCCAACGUGGCUGUGGUGGAUGGAAACAGGGUCUUGGUGACAGUCUUCCGGCAGAGUGUCGUUCCACCUCCCAUGUGCACAUACCGACUGCUGCUCCCACACCCUGUAAACCAGGUCAUGUUCUCUGCACACCCUACAGAGAGUAACAACCUUGCUGUCCUGGAUGCCAGUAACCAGAUUUCUGUUUAUAAAUGUGGUGACAGUCCAAGUGUAGACCCUACAGUGAAACUGGGAGCUGUGGGUGGAAAUGGAUUUAAAAUUUCCCUUAGAACGCCUCAUCUGGAAAAGAGAUACAAAAUUCAGCUUGAGAACAGUGAAGAAGAAGAAGUAAACCCAUUGACGCUCAGUCUUCUCACCUGGGUUCAGGAAGACAUUUUCCUGGCCGUGAGCCACAGUCACUCCAGGCCACAAUCUGUCCUUCACCAUCUGACUGUGGCCCCUUCUGAGACGGACAACGAGCUGGGACAGCUCAAUAUUAGUUCAUCUGUGACAGUGGAUGGAAGCAUAAUCAGCCUGUGUUGCAACUCCAAGUCCAAGUCAGUAGCACUGCAGAUGACUGGUGGCCAGAUACUUAAGUACCUUUGGGAGUCACCCUCUCCAGCUGUUGAACCAUGGAAGAACCCUGGUGGAUUUCCUGUUCGAUUUCCUUAUCCAUGCACACAGAUGGAAUUGGCCAUGAUUGGAGGAGAGGAAUGUGUCCUUGGUCUGACUGACAGAUGUCGCUUUUUCAUCAAUGACACUGAGGUUGCUUCAAAUGUCACAUCAUUUGCAGUAUAUGAUGAGUUUUUAUUGUUGACAACUCAUUCCCAUACCUGCCUGUGUUUUUGCCUGAGAGAGGCUUCAUUGAAAACAUUACAGGCAGGUCUGAGCAGCAGCCACGUGCCUAAUGGGGAAUCUCUGCGAAAGGUGGAGAGGGGUUCACGCAUUGUCACGGUUGUGCCCCAGGACACAAAGCUUAUAUUACAGAUGCCAAGGGGAAACUUAGAAGUUGUUCAUCAUCGAGCUCUGGUUUUGGCUCAAAUCCGAAAGUGGUUGGACAAACUUAUGUUUAAAGAAGCAUUUGAAUGCAUGAGAAAACUGAGAAUUAAUCUCAAUCUGAUUCAUGAUCAUAACCCUAAGGUGUUUCUUGAAAAUGUGGACACCUUCAUAAGACAGAUCGAUUCUGUAAAUCAUAUUAAUUUGUUUUUCACAGAAUUGAAGGAAGAAGAUGUUACAAAGACCAUGUACCCUCCACCAUCUACCCCCACUGUCCAGCCGUCCAGUGAUCCGGAUGGGAAAAAAGUGGACCUUAUCUGCGACGCGAUGAGAGCAGCCAUGGAGAACAUAAAUCCUCACAAGUACUGCCUAUCAAUACUCACGUCUCAUGUGAAGAAAACAACUCCAGAACUGGAAACUGUGCUGCAGAAGGUACACGAGCUUCAAGGAAAUGCUGCCCUGGUUCCUGAUGCUGUGAGUGCCGAAGAGGCCCUGAAGUAUUUGCUGCUUCUGGUAGAUGUUAAUGAAUUAUAUGAUCAUUCUCUCGGGACCUACAACUUUGAUUUGGUCCUCAUGGUAGCUGAGAAGUCACAGAAGGAUCCUAAAGAAUAUCUUCCAUUUCUUAAUACACUUAAGAAAAUGGAAACAAAUUAUCAGCGGUUCACCAUAGACAAAUACCUGAAACGGUAUGAAAAAGCCAUUGGCCACCUCAGCAAAUGUGGGCCGGAGUACUUCCCAGAAUGCUUAAACUUAAUAAAAGAUAAAAAUUUGUAUAACAAAGCCCUGGAGUUAUACCCGCCGGACUCGCAGCAGUACAAGGACAUCAGCAUUGCUUAUGGGGAGCAUCUGCUGCAAGAGCACCUCCAUGAGCCAGCGGGGCUUGUGUUUGCCCGCUGCGGUGCCCACGAGAAAGCUCUCAGCGCCUUUCUGGCUUGUGGCAACUGGCGGCAAGCGCUCUGUGUGGCAGCCCAGCUGGAACUGAACAAAGACCAGCUGGCUAGCCUGGGCAGAACUCUGGCAGGAAAGCUUGUUGAGCAGAGGAAGUACAGUGAUGCAGCCGCCGUUUUGGAACAGUACGCCCAGGAUUAUGAGGAAGCCGUGCUCUUGCUGUUAGAAGGAGCUGCCUGGGAAGAAGCUCUGAGACUGGUACACAAAUAUAACAGACCGGAUAUUAUAGAAACCAAUGUAAAGCCUUCCAUUUUAGAAGCCCAGAAAAAUUAUAUGGCAUUUCUGGACUCUCAGUCAUCCAUAUUCAGUCGCCAUAAAAACCGUCUGUUGGUGGUUCGAGAGCUCAAGGAACAAGCACAGCAGGUGAAUCUGGAUGAUGAGGCACCCCAUGGUCAAGAGUCAGAUCUCUUCUCUGAAACUAGCAGUGUCAUGAGUGGCAGUGACAUGAGUGGCAGAUACUCCCAUAGUAACUCCAGGAUAUCGGCGCGAUCAUCUAAGAAUCGGCGCAAGGCAGAACGGAAGAAGCACAGCCUCAAGGAAGGGAGUCCCCUGGAGGAUCUGGCCCUUCUGGAGGCACUGAGUGAAGUGGUGCAGAGCACGGAGCAACUGAAAGAUGAAAUAUCCCAUAUUUUAAAGAUGCUUUUUCUCUUUGGGUUUGAUGAGCAAGGAAGGGAAUUACAGAAAACCUUUGAAGAUACUCUGCAGCUAAUGGAAAGGUCAAUUCCAGAAAUUUGGACUCUCACCCCCCAGCAGAGUUCAGCUACACCAGUUCUAGGGCCCAAUUCGACUGCAAAUAGUAUCAUGGCCUCUUAUCAACAACAGAAGACUUCAGUUCCUGUUCUUGAUGCUGACCUUUUCAUACCACCAAAGAUCAACAGAAGAACCCAGUGGAAACUAAGCCUUCUAGAGUGACUCUCACCCGAGUUAGAAGGGCUCUGGCAAGGAAGACUGUUUUCCUUCCAUUCUUCACUCUUCAUUCCUCGAAGCCUGGCUGUCAGAAACUGGGAAGAAGAGGACAGUCUACUUAGCAUUGCAGAGAGCUGCUCUGCACAGCACACCUCAGCAGAUACCAACUCUAUUUUAUUUUGUAUAUAAUUUUAAUCAUUAGCAAGACUUUAAGCUUUAACCAAAAUAGCAUCAUUUUGUGAAAAUUACUAUUCUUUUAUUUAGUGCUGAUUUUGAGAGCUAUCUCUGGUAUUUAUGUUAAUCAACAUCAGGUUUAAUUCCCAGCUACAGGUCUGAAUCAUACCUUAGACAAAUCACAAAAUUGAUUUGUGCCUCAGUUAAUUGGUAAUAAUGUUUUGUGACUUCUACCUCAAAAGCGUAAAAAGUCAUGUUUUUAAAUUGUUUUAUGUUCCUCGAGGAAAGAAAGCAUUUUAUUUAUAAACAGCAUGGGUACAUCUCCAACAGAUGGUCAUAUUUAAUCACUUACAGACUUCCUCACUUUUUAACUAAAGCAGAAUGAAAAGUGAAGUACAUCCUUUUCAUAUUCUCAGCUUUCCUAUGCUGACAGCAGUUAUUUUGUAAUCUCUUACCAGGUCAUGUACUUCUAAUUAUAACUGGUUUGAGCCUCCUAUCACCGUAGUGUCCACAGGGACUAUUUUUACUGCCCGUGAAUGUUGCUAGAGUUUGCAGUGUUAGAAUUUCUGAAACAGUAUUGUUCGCAUUUGGUAGGGUGAGCAGUGUGCAUCAUAUGGCAUGCACAGUUUUGUACGUUACUCCUUUUUCUCCCAAUAUUGCUUCUUUUAACAUAGUGUUUUUUAUCAGUAUCUAGGUCAUUUAUUUUCGUUAUAGUGCUUAACUGACCUUUGUCUUUCAGUUACUUUCUUUGGAAGAAAUGAGAAUGUUUUCUCUCUUGGGGAGUCUAGAAAAAGCUCACUUCAUUUUGACAGCAGUUUCAUGGCUGACUUCUGGGUAAGGUUAAACUUUUCUUUCAUGCUUUUAAUUCCGGAACCAGACCUUUUAUUACUCCGGUUAAAUGAACACGAAGUGCUGCUUUGCAUCCUCAGAGAUGGGCAUACACAGAGUUGUGUAAUUAAAGAAUCUCCUUAAAUAUGGCAAAAUAUAUAAACUAUAGAAGCUAGGUAUGUUCCCUAUAUAAUUCAACUUUCUUGUGUUGUCUGAAAAUUUUCACAAAAUAAUAGGAAAAAGUAACACCUUGCUUUGGAGAAAUGUACCUUUUGAUUCCUACUCAUAAUGGGUUUGCUGUACUUAAGUGCCCAACAGUGAAAGACUGCACGUGCUUCGUGACUACUGUUUGGUGUAGAUUAAUGAACAUGGUAAUCUACAUUACAUUUUAAUAUAUGAUACUGCUCCUGCCAUGCAUGAUGGUAAAGAGACCCAUGCUGAUGGGUUGGAAAUAGAAGUAAAUGUGUCUGUUGACAAUGGUGUGACUUUUCAUGGAUGUUCACUUUCCUGGAAAUAAUGUAUCAAAGCAGCAAGAAAGAAUUGUGAAUAUAAAUGACUGUCAGUUUCUCUUA